GACAGGAACAGAAACAUGGACGGAGCCAUGUGGCUGAGCCUCUGUCCUGAUAACGAAGCCCUGCUUUGGACGAAAAAGCACAAAUUGCUACAAGUCCGGGGCACAGGCGAUCUUGCUCUGCAGAAAAGAGCGGAUGCCAAGCUGUGGAAAAGCUACCAGCUCCAGCGCUUGGCUGAGGAGUUGAGGAGAGGGUGUCGGGAGGCGUGGUACCUGCACGUCGGAGGCCUGGACCGACUGCAGUCAGCGCGUCUGUUAGGCUGGGGAGGAGGACGGGCCAGGGAAAAUGAGCCCGACUCAGAGGGUCCCGUCCAGCGGAGAUCAGCCAGGCCCCCAAGGGCCGAGGAGAAGCAUAGAGCAGCCCCUAGUGAAGAGAGGAGUUGCAGGGAAGAGUUGGGCCAGCAACACCCCAGGCCCUCCAGGCCCCGGAAGACAGCAGCGAGCCCAGAGAAACCACAGACAACAAAAGCCAUGGGUCAGAUGAAUUCUCACCUGGCCCUGCCUGAGAAGAGAAAGGGAAGGCGAGAACCUUCGACCAAGUCCGGGGGUGGCCGCGGUGCCAUCCGCCCUCGGAGGAGCAGAGGGGCGGACCAAGAAAGGCCAGACCCACUCGUGGCUGCUGUGGGAGGAAUCAGGCAUGUGGAGGGAAAAGAGAAAGGAACAGCUCAGGCGGGGAGGAGGCCACUGGGACAGGGAGCAGUUUGCUUUGUUCCAGCCCUGACCAGUCGCUCUCGGGGACAGAGUCCAGAGGGGAAGCUGAGAGACCUCGGGCAGCUGUGGCCAGCUGGUUCCAGCCACAGAAGGGAAGCUGUGUCCCCAGCAUCUCAGUGCACACUCCGGGAGAAGAACAAGUGGCAGAAAGAGCUGGAGUUGGCCUUUGAAGAGUUGUUUAAUAUAAACAGAAAGCUGAAAAAACACCUGCGCUUGUACCUGGCACUGAAACCCAGGAUGGACCAGAGCCCCGGGGAAGAGCAUGCCUUCUCAGAGAUGCAAGAAUGUGGCGCUGGGACCCCAAGAGGGAAGAAAACGGCAGACGCAGAGAUGCUGCCUGCCAGGGAACCCAGGAGCCUAGCAGAGGAGGCGGAGCAGCAGGCAGCGUCCAAGACCAACUUGAAAACGUUAAUGGGCAAGGUCAAGCCCACGUUUAGAAAUGAAAGUCGAACAUUGUCUCCUGAGGCAGGUAUAUUUAUCAGUGAAGGGGACUCAUUAUUGUAUAGCACUGAAUCUGGACAAGAGGCCCCCAAACUGGGCACGCUGGCAGAGGGCUCCCUUCAGCUCCACCUUCAAGACCAGACAGACAGAGUGGGUUCAAUGGCAUCCAGGCAAAGGCAGAAAGCAGAGAUGGAGCAGAGAAGACAGAAACAACUGGAAUCGCUUGAACGAACGGAACACCCAGAUAUGAGCUUGGAAAUCCACUACAAGGCUGAGUUAGAAAAAGAGAGGAGGGGCCGGGCGCGGGAGCAAAGAAGGGCUCGACUGGCGCAUCUGAAGUCCUCCUCCACAAGAGCCCGGGAAAGGGAGAGAGGAUCUGAGCUCAGCACCACUUCCCCAUCGGGCACCAGCCUCGCCGACGACGACUGGCACAGUCAGAUGAUCCGAGACCAGCAGCAGCAGAUUUUAGAGCAAAACAAGUUGCACAAGCAGUUUCUUGAAGAAGCCAGGAAACGCUUGCAAGAGUUCCAGAACAUAUGCUAAACGCGAGAGGCCCACCCGGGGUAAAUACAUCAUUGAUAAUGGUGAUGCCAGAACUGAUACCCGAGUCUCUAAGAUCUGUGUUUGCGUCAUUGCCUCAGAGACUAUUAGGCCUCUUUAAAAUGGGCAAUCUGGGGCCGGUGCAGUGGCUCACGCCUAUAAUUCCAGCAGUUUGGGAGGCUGAAGUGGGCAGAUCAUCUGAG